AUGACCUACCCUAUGGAAGGGAGAAAAAUCGCCUUCCCUUUGGACGUGGUUCUCCACUCGGUCGUGCACGAGGGCGACGCCGCCGAACUUGGCCGGAUUCUUACGUUCCGGCGGAACACCGUGGACGUGGACGCCACCACGCACACGGGGCUGACGGCGGUACACCUGGCGGUGUUACAACACGACGUGGACUGCGUCAAGGUGUUGUUAAGCCACGGUGCGGACUGUAACAUCCAGGACUCGAAUGGAUACACCCCUCUUCACACGGCCGCUGCCGCAGGGUUCGUCGACGUUGUCGGCUUGUUGUUGUUGCACGGGGCCGACCUGUCCUUGCAAACCAUCGAGGGGGACCUCCCUGCAGACCUGGCCGCAGACCACAACAUGGCACGGUUAUUGGACGACGAGUUACGAGCCCAAGUUCAACGAGAACUUCUCAUACAAAGUAAUCACCAACCGCUGUCAGACCGUGACAAGCCUACAGGGACCAUGCGGCACUUGGAACAUAUUUCUACACCAAUUACGUGGAUCGUUACCUCGCAGAAACUGAUGGGCAGUUGA